GUCGAACCAUCCCUGAUACGGAAAUUGCUGUCCCAGGAUUUUAUGAAGUUCAAAAAGUAGACUUGGGUUUUUGGAGUAGUUUUAUCGAGAAUGAAAAAACUUAUCAAACCUUUAUUGCUCCUAGUGAUUAUAGCACCAGUGAAUUAUUUUAUGUUCGAGAAAAACAA